AUGAAUUUUUUCAAACAGUUCAAUAAUAAAUAUAAACCAAUACAACAACAGAAUGGUGAUGAUAAUGAGGAUGGAGCACCAUUACCACCACCAGUAACUCAAUCAAAUACAUCUACAUCUACUUUCAAACUGAAAUUACAAUCAUUGAAUCCUUUUAGAUCUCAAUCGAUUUAUUUACAAGAUGACGAGAAUUACGUAACUUCAACGCCAGGUUAUUUUGAAUUAUCAAGAUGGGAUAGAAUGUUAAUUUUUGCUUUAUGUUUUGCUGGUUCUUUGUGCUGUUGGUUAAUUUGUAUAUUUUUAUUUCCUAUCUUAUCUUUAAAACCUAGAAAAUUUGCGAUUUUAUGGUCUUUAGGUUCUAUAUUUUUCAUUAUUAGUUUUGGAGUAUUACAGGGUGUUAAAGAAUAUAUGAUUCAUUUAUUUAGUUCAACUAGGAUAAUUUUUACAAUUGUAUUUGUAAGUUCAAUUAUAUUAACUUUAAUAAGUAGUCUUGGUUUAAAAUCAGUUAUAUUAUCGAUUAUAUUCGCUGUUAUACAAUUGAUUAGUGCUAUUUGGUAUACUGUUAGUUAUUUUCCCUUGGGUAAACAGACAUUAAAUUUAGCUGGAAAUGUAGCUAGAUCUCAAGUAGAUAAUUGGAUAAAUACAUAG